GGGCUAAUUGAUCGAUCUUUUUUUUCUUUCGACAUUUCUGUUGUCUCAUCACACAAGGGUCACAAGCAUCACCUUGGGAUGCCUGGUCCGAACAUCAUUACCUGCAGAUGGCAGUUGGCAGUAUAAAAACCAUGAAAAUUUGAAGGUUAACUGGAUGACAACGUGUUUGAAAUUGAAUCAUCAGCACGACAAUGGCUCAAAAUUUACUGAGUUUAGCAGAGAAAACGUUCAUUCUCCAUGGUGUUGAUGGAGAUUUUCGAACGGAUGGCCGCUCUCGAUUAGAAUACCGUGCAUUAGAGAUCGAAACGAAUAUAAUGCCACAGACGAAUGGCUCAGUUCGUCUGAGGAUAGCAAAUACUGACGUUCUCGUGACCGUCAAAGUUGAAGUGGACACUCCAUCGCUUGAUCGGCCGAACGAAGGAAAACUUGAAUUCUUUGUUGAUUGUUCAGCAAAUGCAACACCAGAAUUCGAAGGCAAAGGUGGUGAGGAGCUAGGCACCGAGAUCAGUAAUGUAUUGUCGAACGCUUAUCAAUCGUCCCAUGCUCUAGACCUGACGAUACUGAGUAUUUUGCCUAACAAAAAAUGUUGGAAGAUGUAUGUCGACGUGUUGAUUCUUCAAUGCGAUGGGAAUUUAUUCGACGCUAUUGGAGCAGCUGUCAAAUGCGCUCUUUUCGCCACGGAAAUACCCAAAGUCGCUACAGCCUCAGUAGAUGGUGACGACGCAGACAUUCAGCUGUCAGAUGAUCCAUUCGAUUGCGUCAAAUUGAAUGUUGAAAAUUAUCCAGUACUCGUGACUUUAUGCAAAAUUGGAGAUAACUGUGUGGUGGACCCAACUGCAGAUGAAGAGAUGUGUGCAGCUGCUAACAUCGUCAUAUCAGUGACACCGAAGGGAAGAGUCACCUCAAUUGUGAAAACUGGAUAUGGAAGUCUUCAACCAUCAACACUGCUAAAGACCCUUGAGUGUGGAAAAGAAAUUGGUAAGAGAUUGAAUGAGAGACUGAUGGAGGCAUUGAGGAAAGAAGAAGCUCUCGGACCACAACGUCCAGUCUUUGGUUUUCUCGGAUAAUAUACCGAGAUUUUUUUCCAAUGGAUAAUUCAGUUUGUACUAUUUUAUUUAAGAACAAAAAAAGAAUGACUCAUUUGGGUAACAAAAUGGUACAAACAAUUUAUUUAAAUAAUUUACUACAAUAUGUUUAAUUC